AUGCCUAUCUACCACAUCGUUCUAUUCAAACUCAAACCCGGGGUAACGCCCGCUCAACUCUCAGCCUGGACCACGCAGGCAAAGGCAAUGGUGGGCAAAAUCCCAGGCCUGAGAAAACUUGAAGUGAAUACUCCUUUGCCCUCAACGGCGCACAGGGGUCAAGGAUUCAAUAUGGGACUGGUUGCGAUCCUAGACAAGGCGGAUGAUGUAAAAGUCUACGCCGAGCACCCUGCUCAUUUGGAGUAUGUUCUGAUCACCUCAACUCUCACCCUGGUCCAGAUUGUGUUCUUCAAGGCAUUUUUGGGAGCCUCCUAA